AUCACAGGCGAACAGAAUUCCACUUAAACCUUAAUUUCUUUGACUAUAAACCGAUUAAACGCAUUGAACGUUGUUGACAGUUUCAAGAUUGUAAUUUAAUUAGGUAGCCGUUGGGGUAUAGGGACACGAUGAGCUGAAAUUGAGGCUAAAUUAAGAUCAAUUGCGGCCGUACGUUUACCAUUGCGUAAUUUAUUGGUUUCAUUACAACCCCGUUAUUGACGUCUUGCAACCGCACCAACUUUAAUACGAAUCAAAGAACUAAUACGUGAAAUUAUUGAUUGUCUACCCCCAUUAAUUUGUUUAGGUGGCGCGUUUGUGUGUACUUUCGGUAACCACGGCAACGACGGACGGUAAAUUGUUAAUUGUCAGAUAAUACGACAAUAUAAUGUCAAAUGGAACCUUUCUGUUGAUGAUUUGUGGACAAAUCGAGUACGUAGAGACUUUUACAUCGGCGGGUACAACCUGGCAUUGCAAGUAUGAAUUCGUAUCGGGAACUGAUUGGAAAAUCGUCGGCGGUCUCCAGUCUGGUGUUUCGCAAAUUGUCAACGUCUCGUCUAACGACAACAAGGUGAUACUAAAUUUACCAAUUGAGGUUGUUUACAAGUCAACCAACCCCCACGGAUGGCCGCAGAUUGUGCUGAGCGUUUACAAGGGGACAAAUUUGCAAGGAUAUGGAAGAGCUUACGCGCCGCUUCAGGCGGGUGUUCACAAGCUGAAAGUAUCAACGUCCGCCCCAUUGCCAUCCUCGCUCUUGGGAAAAGUCGCUACGCUUUUCGGCUAUCAACCCGAAUUAUUACAGCCUGCAAUGCUGGCGACAACUGCAGGUAAUAAUCUGAUCCAAAUGGUCUCAAGCGGCGAAGCUUCGAUGGCACUAAACGUAACGUUUCACGGAUUACAGGGAUUAGAAUAUGACAUGGGAAAAUCCUUCCAGAAUUAAGGACGCGCUUCUAUUCCGUUCGCAAUUUUAACGAGUAUAUCCCCAAAACAACAUUUCUAAUAAUUACAUAUUAUACGAAGCGCAAAAUGUAAAAACCCUUUUUUGUUGCGAUAAUGUCCAAAUGUGUGGCGCAGUUAUAAUCAACAACCCCUUUGGAGACAACAGCCCUCUAAGAAGCGCCAUUACGAUGUUACUGGGGAAACCUAUAUUGACUCAUGCUGGGAACGGCAAGGAAUGUCGAAAAUUUAAUCUCUGUUUAGAGAACGUUUGCAAUGUCACGUUUCAUGCUGAAAUA